CUGGCAAAUCUGGCAACCCAGCACUUGACGCCCUCUCUCCUCUCGCUCCAGUGUCUGCACUUGUUAAUAACUGCAGCCUCACAGCGACCAUGGCAGGAAAGAGGGCUUUAGUGAUUGUGUCUAAAGGCGCAGAGGAGAUGGAGACGGUGGUUCCUGUGGACAUCAUGCGGAGAGCCGGGAUUGCAGUUACGCUGGCAGGACUGAGUGGUAAAGAUCCAGUUCAGUGCAGCAGGAACGUGGUCAUCUGUCCUGAUGCCAGUCUGGACGAGGCCAGCAAACAGGGGCCGUAUGAUGUGGUGGUCCUACCAGGUGGAAUGCCAGGGGCCCAGAAUCUGGCAGAUUCUCCUGCUGUGAAGGAGGUGCUGAAGGAACAGGACGGCAGGAAAGGCCUGAUCGCAGCCAUCUGUGCAGGUCCCACUGCUCUCCUGGCUCACGGCAUCGGCUUCGGCAGCACGGUGACGACACAUCCCUCCAUGAAGGAGAAGAUGAUGGCCGGAGACCACUACAAAUAUUCAGAGGCUCGAGUGCAGAAAGAUGGCCAUUUCAUCACCAGCCGUGGUCCAGGAACCAGUUUUGAGUUUGCCCUGACUAUUGUAGAGGAGCUCAUGGGGCCUGAGGUCGUUGCUCAAGUCAAAGCUCCUCUGAUGUUGAAAGACUGAAUGUUUCUGAGUCACCUCAGCGCUAACAGCUACACAGGAGACAACAAAGACAGCAGUGACAGCAGUGACAGUAGUGACGACCCGCUCUGCUCAGCUGUGCUUCGUCCACCUUGAAGUAACACUGUAUUACAGUAUAUUUACCGUCUUAUUUUCCCAGCCUGCUCUGCUGCUGUAACCUGGCCAUUAAAGCCCUCAUGCAGUCAA